AAUUAGUUCCAACUGGUACACCUAAAUAUCAUCUUUAACCUCAGCCUUUCCUUUUUCAGGCUUUCUUUUGUGUUCCUCACUUCACUCAUCUGCACUUAAUCUAAUCUAAUUCCAUAAUCAUACACAAAAACAAAAGCCAAUCAAAUCCUACAAUUUCAUCUAAUCUAAGCACCCUUUGUCUUUAGAUCCUCCAUAUAUAAUUAAUUCACACAGUACAAUAUUCUUUGAAUAAAUCAAAUAUAAUGGUAUAAAGAAUCUCUUUUGUUGUAGAUUCAAAGUGGGUUAUUUCUUUCUGUUUCUGUGGUUAAAAAUACUAGAAUAAAUGGGGAAUGUUAAUGGAAGAGAAGAUUUAGAAGAAGGUGGAGGCAAUAUUAUCCCAUCUGGGGUUGAGGAGGUUGAUGGGGUUGAUUCUGGUGGGGCCCAAGAAAUCAUGGCCGUUCAGCAGGUUGAUGGAGAGUUCAUGGGCCAAUCUCCACCGUCCAGUCCUAGGGCUUCUGCUUCACCUUUGAUGUUUCGACCUGAGAUGCCAGUGGUUCCUCUACAGAGACCCGAUGAGGGGCACGGCCCAAGCAUUUCAUGGCUGCAAACCGCUUCUGAGUAUGAAGAAACCGACGAGCAAGGAGUUCCAACCCUGAUAUCUUGGACACAUGACUGCAAAGAAGUUGCUGUGGAGGGUUCAUGGGAUAAUUGGAAGUCAAGGAUGCCUCUGCAAAAAUCAGGGAAAGAUUUCACCAUUUUGAAGGUGCUUCCUUCAGGGGUUUACCAAUAUAGGUUUAUAGUUGAUGGACAGUGGCGGUGUUCCCCUGACUUGCCAUGUAUUCAGGACGAAGCAGGGAACGCUUACAACCUUUUAGACGUGAAGGAUUACGUUCCAGAAGACAUUGAAAGCAUUUCUGGUUUUGAACCUCCUCAAUCCCCAGAUUCCAGCUACAAUAACUUGCACCUUGGAGCUGAGGACUACGCAAAGGAGCCGCCUGUGGUGCCACCCCAUCUACAGAUGACUUUGCUUAAUGUCCCUUCAUCUCACAUGGAAAUUCCACCGCCGCUUUCAAGGCCUCAGCACGUGGUGCUUAACCAUCUCUACAUGCAGAAAGGAAGUAGUACUCCUUCUGUGGUAGCACUUGGUUCAACUAACCGGUUUCUGUCCAAAUACGUGACAGUGGUUCUUUACAAGUCAAUACAGAGGUGAAAGUUCGCAAACCUGUCUUUAUGAUAGUCUUAAAUAACUCAAAUAUUAGUAGCAACAUAGACCAGAAGGUCGGAGGUUCGAGCCGUGGAAACAGCCUCCCGCAGAAAUGCAGGGUCAGGCUGCAUACAAUAGACCCUUGUGGUCCGGCCCUUCCCUGGACCCCGGACAUAGCGGAAGCUUAGUGCACCGGGCUUCCCACUAGUAGCAACAUAUUAAAGUGAAGCAUGUGGCUCAUGGAUACUCCAGUUAAAAGCAAAAGGCAGUAGAGGUAAUGCUUAGAAGUUUUAAUGGUAGCAAAGCUUGACUGUGACUUCCUCCAUUUACUUUGCCAUCUUUCUCAUUUGGCCCUUCUUUCUUUAACACACAGUUGAUCAAUUCCGAUUCUGUAUCUUUUUUUAUUUUUUUUAAUGAUCUUAUAGAUUUGGCUUUAAUAUAGUCAAUAGAUUUUUUAUU